AUAUUUCAGGUAACUAUGAAGGCUCUGUGCUGUAUCUGUUCAGAUUUAUUUGUGAAUGAUGCUAGCGUCAGUAUUUCAGCCUUGCCAUGUGGCCACACCUUCCAUGAAGAGUGUCUGUUCAAGUGGCUUGCCACUUCCAGCACUUGUCCAAGUUGCCGUGCACGGGUCAACAGAAGUAACAUAAUCCAUAGAUUGUUUUUUGAUGGUGGAGAGGACGGCGAUGAUGAAACCAGUGAUCCCAGUAAACUUUCAAAUGAAAUCCAAGAUCUUAGAUUAAAAAUCAACAGACAUAAAAAGGAGAAAAGUGAUCUUGUUGACGAAAAAAAUGCAGCGAUACAAAAAUGUCAAGAUGUUGAAGAAAGCAAGAAAGAAAUCCAACGUUUAUAUAAACAAGAGCAGACAACAAAUGCCUCUUUAAGAAAACAACUCCACUACUUCAAAAGUCAAGAGGACAAUCUGAAAAUGCAGAAGGAGGAAUGCCGUAAAAUCAAGAAAAAAUUUGUUGAUCUUCAAAAUGUUGAGAGAUUGGUAACAGGAUCGGAGGAAGAAGUUCAAGACCUUGUCCAAAGUUCUGGAGAAAAUGGAUCAACUCGUCAGAUGGCUACAUAUCUUGUGGUCAUGAAACGUGAGUUUCAACAAGUGAAAGAGGAAAAGAAAAAGUUAAAAUCUGAGUUUGGUAAAUGUAAAAGACACCUGCUGACAAAAGAUCGUGAAUUAAGUCAGGCCACUACAGAAUUAUCAACCAUUAGAGAGUGCUACACAAAAUCAGAAGACGAUCUGAAACAGAAAGAAAAGGAAGUGGAAUCUCUAAAGCAAAAACUCAGUCGUUUAAAACGAGCGAUAGUAAGUCCUUGUGCUACUACAACCAGUGCUAGUUCUAGCUUUGUAGAGACUCUUAUGGAGGAAAGUCCUGCACCUAUCACUCCAAAGCAAUUGAAAUCAUCGCCAGGGGAGAUUGAUCUUAACGUUAAUAUGGCAUCACCUGAAUUUGUAAAACCUAGUCCUAAUACACGAAACCGAUUUCAUUGUGAGGAAAACCAGAUGAAGUUUGUUAAAAUAUCUUCAGCAUGUUCAGAAAAUCCUGCGAAAAAGGCUAAGCGAGAUAUACAGGACAUUAGCAACAUUACUGGUCUCGGUAAUUUUAACAUCUUCAAGAAAAAAGCAAGUGCUGGAGACUUUAACAGUGUCUUUCGUAAGGGUUAUGAUGGACUUGGAGGACAUACAUCCUUUACACAACACCAGGGCCGACCUGCUGGUGCCGUCAAACCUAUCUCAAAAACGUCACGUCUAAUCAGUAAAAAUGGAAAAAUGAAAAAGGUGCCACCUUUGCCAAGUUUGGACCAGUUCAUAAAUCUGACUUGA